AUGGGGCGACGCCGUCGGCCUGGGAAGUCCUCGCGGCGCGCAGCGCGCGGCGCCGCAGGGGAGGAAGAGAGCGACGCUCGCCAGCCGUCUUCUUCUCCCUCGGCACCGUGCUCCUUCGUGGUGAAGCGGGGGCGCUUGACGCCUGCCGCGAGGCUCCUCGUCCAAGACCUGCGCAUGCUGAUGUCGCCAUACUGCAGCUCGCGUCUUCGCGAGAAGCGCAGCAACAAACUCAAGGACUUUGUCGCCGUUUCCUCGCUCCUCGGCGUCACACAUCUGCAGGCUGUCUCUCAAACCGAGGCCGGCGUCUACCUGAAAGUUGCGCAGCUGCCGAGCGGCCCGACACUCACCUUCCAAGUGUCGAAGUUCUCGCUGAUGAAGGACGUACGAAAAGCCGCCGGUCUCAAGGCGAGAAACGACUCCAGAGACUUCAGGUCGCCCGCGCUGCUCCUCUUCAGUGGCGGCAGCGCUGGAGACAAGAGGAACGGAGGAGACAAAUGCGACCCCGGCAACGCCAGAGCUGCGCUCCAGGCCCAAGACGUCGAACAGCUCGUCACAAAAAUGAUGAAAAACGUCUUCCCUGCAAUCGACGUCCAAACUGUGCCGUUGUCGGAGUGCCGGCGCGUUGCGCUGUAUCGGCGCCAGCAUACGCCGGCGUCUGGGUCGUCGAAAACGCGUUUCACAUACCUCUUUCGGCAGUACGCGAUCGUCAGACGCGCGGCCGGAGUGACGUCGGGCGUUCGGCGUCUCGUGGAGGCGGCGUCGCGGCCGGCAGUGGAGCGGAAAAUUUUCAGGAGUUUGGGCCUUCGCGAGGCUACGCCGCAGCGCGAGAGCGAGCGCGAAGCGCAUGCACGGGCAUGUUUGCAGAGCGGCGAGGCCCUACGGGAUGCCAGCGAGGCGUCAGACGAGGAGCGGCAGUCGCGCCUCAAGCGCAGAGACGUGGAUAUCUGCGACAUCACUCUCCACCGCGAGCGCCGCGGAAGCUGUUUCUCAGACAGCGAAGCCGAGGAAGAGGAGACGGUGGUCGCGUUCGACUCGCGCACUGCGAAGGCGACCUGCCCCGCGCCUGCGAGAACGAACCAGCCGCAGGGCGGCUUGAACGCGCUGCUCAGCUCUUGCGCUGACGGCGAGCUCCGCGAAGCGAAAAAGAAGCGCGAGCGAGAAGACGAAGAAGACGGAGACGAAGAUGAGGACGCGGGACACAGAGACGAAAUGUGGAGAAUGGCCAUUGCGCUUGUCGAACUCGGACCCAGAAUGGAGCUGCAACUUGUCAAAAUCGAGGAGGACGUCUGCGCCGGAAGAGUUCUCUAUCACCACUUUAUUUCGAAGACUCCAGAAGAGCUGCGCAUGUUGAAGGCGAAGGAGGCGGCUGUGAAGGCCGAGCGACAGCGGCAGAGAGAGGAAAUGGAGAGGGCUGUAGAGCUGCAGAUGAAGAAGAAGAGACGAGACAGAGAAGACGACAGCGACGGUUCUAGCGCCGCUUCUGGCAGUGGAGACGAGCAGGUGUCAGGGACGAAGGGAGUGAAGAAGGAAGGAACCAAUGGCAAGGCCAGAGCUGCUGCUUCUAGCGGAGACGAGGGAGGUUCAGGUGACGAAAGCGGGGAGGAAGGGAGAAAAGAGAGGCAGAGAAGAACAAAAGGCGUAGACGCCUCGGACUCCGAUGGAGACAGCGACACAGACGACGACGCCGAUGCAUCUGCAGACGACGAGGCAGAGGACAAUGAAGAGGCUGGACCGGGCAGGCAGCGAAAGAGGUUCCAUCCUUUUUCCUUCAAGAGCAAGAGGAAGAAGACCGUGGACCCGCCAGCAGAAAGCUCGAGCGUCAUUGAGACGGUGUCUGCGCGCGGCCAUCAGAGCCACAAGCGGGGAAGUGCCAAGAUGGGAAAGGAUGAGAAAAAACAAGGAAAGCCCCACGCGGGCACGGCGGGUCGCGGCGGGAAAAAGAAACUUUCGUCUGCCGACAUGGUGCUCCAAAAAUACAAAAAGGCGAAGCAGCAAAGUGGAAACGCUUCCGGGAAAACGUGA